CCGGGUCCGUCCCUCCGGCUUCCGCCGCAGCCCGCGGCGUCCUCCCCGCGCGGCUCCGCCUGGGGCGGCGGGUUCUCUAGACCGACACGUCUCUAUGGCCGCAGGGCCGGCAGUUCCGCAGACUCCCUGGGCACCAUGGCUGCGGCGAAAGAAAAUGUCAGUUUAUUCUUCAAGCUCUACUGCUUGGCAGUGAUGACUCUGGUGGCUGCAGCUUAUACCGUAGCGUUGAGAUACACGCGGACAACAGCUACAGAACUCUACUUUUCAACCACAGCUGUGUGUAUCACAGAAGUCAUAAAGUUACUACUAAGUGUUGGACUUUUAGCUAAAGAAACUGGCAGUUUGGGUAGAUUUAAAGCAUCUUUAUGUGAGAACGUCUUGGGGAGCCCCAAGGAGCUGAUGAAGUUAAGUGUGCCAUCAGUGGUAUAUGCUGUUCAGAACAACAUGGCUUUCCUAGCUCUUAGUAAUCUGGAUGCAGCUGUAUACCAGGUGACCUAUCAAUUGAAGAUUCCCUGUACUGCUUUAUGUACUGUCUUAAUGUUAAAUCGAUCACUCAGCAAAUUGCAGUGGAUUUCAGUUUUUAUGCUGUGUGGUGGGGUCACACUCGUACAGUGGGAACCAGCCCAAGCUACAAAAGUCGUGGUAGAGCAGAAUCCGCUAUUAGGCUUUGGUGCUAUAGCUAUUGCUGUAUUGUGCUCUGGAUUUGCAGGCGUUUAUUUUGAAAAGGUUUUAAAGAGCUCUGACACUUCCCUGUGGGUGAGAAACAUCCAGAUGUACCUGUCAGGUAUCGCUGUGACGCUUGUGGGUACCUACUUGUCAGAUGGAGCUGCAAUUAAAGAAAAAGGAUUUUUCUAUGGUUACACAUAUUAUGUCUGGUUUGUUAUCUUCUUGGCUAGUGUUGGAGGCCUCUACACCUCUGUUGUGGUGAAGUACACAGACAACAUCAUGAAAGGCUUCUCGGCGGCAGCAGCCAUUGUUCUUUCUACCAUUGCUUCAGUGAUACUGUUUGGAUUACAGAUAACACUUUCCUUUGCACUAGGAGCUCUUCUUGUAUGUGUUUCCAUAUAUCUCUAUGGGUUACCCAGACAAGACACUACAUCCAUUCAACAAGAAGCAACUUCAAAAGAGAGAAUCAUUGGUGUGUGAUUUAAAUCUCAAGAGAUUCCUAUAAGGACUAAACUGUUGAUAAUAACUUAGAGCCUUAAGUCAAUCCUGGAUGGUAGCUUAAAUAAUAUCAACAAAUUAACUGUGUGACUUAAGACUCAAGAAAACUGUAUGAAUGAAAUGCUAGAACAGAUUUAAUUUUGGUGUAUUUGGUGUCAAGUAUAUUAUUUCAGAAUGAAGGACUUAGAGAGAGAAUAUAUUGUACACAGAGUAUGGGAGCGACAUGGUAUCAGAGAGAGAGAGAGCAAGCGAGCAUGGAGGCAACGAUGCAGGGUCAGAACAUCAGGUGAAACUACAAUAUUCAAGGUUUAAGACAGUGUCAGGGUUAAAGUGCCAAAGCCAUUUCUGUACACACUGUUCUCUAGGAGAGGACUAAACCUUUCCUUUUUCUUCAGUUCAUGAAUAGUAUUUUCUCCUCAUAGCAGUAAGAGAUCUAGCUUCUCUUACCAAAGUAAGAAAGGAAGCUGGGUAUGGUGGUGCACACCUUUAAUCCCAGCACUUGGGAGACAGAGGCAGGCAGAUCUCUGACUUCCAGGCCAGCCUGGUCUACAAAGCAAGUCCAGGACAGUCAGGGCUAUGAUACACAGAGAAACCCUGUCUUGAAAACAACAAAAAAACAAAACAAAACAAAAAAAAAGCAGAAAGGAAUAAGACAGUUCAGAACAAAACUCAGUGUGUAACUUCUAAAACAUACUCUGUUCCAUAGCUCAGACACUGACUUCUGGGUAAUGACUGAGAACUUUUGUGCUGUAUUUGUGCCAUUUACUGUCUGGUUCCUAUUUCUUUGCUGUUAGCUGAUAUACUUUUCAAAAAAUUUUAUAAGUCGCUUUUUAUACUUUCUUUUUUAUAAAGUAUGGUUACCUGUUGGGCUCUCAAUUUGUGAACUUUAAGUGAUUUUAAAAUAUUUCUAUAAUGUUAAUGGGGAAAGCCAGCAAUAAAUUUAUUUAUAUCA